UUCUGUACACACGCGUUUUUAGUGUCAGGUAGUAGAAGGAGAGACAACAGAUAAUUUGGAAGAAUGGAAAAGGGCGUGAUAAGGCGAACCACAGAGGAACAACGUUACAAGUGCAUUAACUGUGGCCACAAUGUUCCAGAAUUGUGCAAGAAGUACAAUGCAAAUGUGAUCAAAUUGGCUCACUGCGAUCUAUGUGGGAAGCAAGUGGACAAGUAUAUAGAGUUUGACCCAGUAAUAAUUUUCCUUGAUGCCGUGCUGCAAAAAAAAGAGCCCUAUAGACAUGUUAUUUUUAACACGGAAUUUAAGGCACACUGGAGGUUGGUUAUCUUCUUCAUCAUCUGUGAUGCUUAUGUGAUGUGGACUCAAGAAAAGUCCCUCUCUGAGGCAAAGACAUCCAAUUAUGAGCCUUUGUUUUAUGCUAUUGAAGGAAGAUUCUACAACAUGUGCAUGAAAGCUAGUAUUGAAAUUUUGGUGUUCUUCUCGACAGUCAUCAUUUGCAGUGAGCUCAGAUUUCAGCUGCGUGGACCGGCUGGGAGUAGACCCAGACCUAGUAUACGAUCAGUGCUGGAUGGAAUAAUCAUAUCAAGUUUUGGCAAGUUCCUAGCCAUUCCAGCAAUCAUCUGGGGCCAGAGUAGCAAUGUUGUCUACCUCACACUUACUGAGCUCUUGAUAUUCACGUCUAAUGUGCAGGCAUUUACAGUGACAUGGGAAGCAAGAAAAGCAGUCAGCAUAGCCAUAAUAGGAUGUGGCUUUUUAAUGAGAUACUGCCUUCAUCCAUUGUGGAGCUAAACAUCAACAGAUCAAGACAUCUCUAUGAGCAAUUAUGUGAUACGAGUAAUGAAUGUUUAUAAAAAAAUUACUUCAUUGUGCUGCAGUAUGUAGUUCAAAUUUGGGAAUAAAAUUACAGAACUACUAAAAUACUAUAUGUAAAUAAAUAACUAUAGCAUUCUGGUAUAAUAAUGUUCAUUUUAGUUUCGUAUAUAAAGUAGCCCAUUUUAAUUGCCUGUUUGAUCAUGUUAAAUGUGCAUUAGGAAUGUGAUGACAUGACAACAGUUCUUCUAUUCAUUCUUAUUUUAUGAAUAAAUGGCUGCAAAAUA